CCUGGACCAGUCACAGAUCUCAGAGUUAGGCACCUGCUCAGUACCAGGCUGCAGACACAGGGACUCCGACCGUCAUGUUAAGGUGAAGCCUCGAAGUUCUGUGCUGAACAUGCUCAGAAGGUUCGACAAAAUCAGGUUCAGAGGUCACAAGAGAGAUGAGUUCCUCGAUUUAGCUGAGUCUCCCAACGCAUCCGACACAGAGUGUGGCGAUGAGCUCCCCGUGAAGGUCCCUCGGACGGCGGCCCGGGACGGCGAGGAGUUACGAGACCCUGCCGGGCCGGGCACUCUCAUCAUGGCUGCUGGAGUCCAGGAUUAUAACCGGACGGAAUUCGAUCGACUAAAUGAAAUCAAAGGGCACCUGGAAAUCGCCUUAUUGGAAAAACACUUUUUACAAGAGGAGCUCCGGAAACUGAGAGAGGAGACCAAUGCCGAGAUGCUGAAGCAGGAGCUAGAGAAGGAGCGGCAGCGGCGGCUGGAGCUGGAGCAGAGAUUCCAGGAGGUCCUGAAAACCAGGGCCGAGGAGCCACCCCCCCAGCAGCCCCCCAAGGGACCGGCGACGACACAAACCAACCACGGCUCAGAUAAACGCAGCCAGAUGAUGCGCUCUCGGGUGCAGAAGUGGUUCUACGACAGGUUUGGGGAAUACGUGGAAGAUUUCCGCUUUCAGCCUGAAGAAAGCGCAGUGGAAACCGAGGAGCCGCUGAGCGCCAGAAGGUUAACUGAAAACAUGAGGAGGCUAAAGCGUGGUGCCAAGCCCGUCACAAGCUUUGUGAAGAAUCUCUCUGCCUUAUCCGACUGGUAUUCUAUCUACACCUCUGCUAUCGCCUUCAUUGUCUACAUGAAUGCCGUGUGGCACGGCUGGGCCAUCCCCAUGUUCUUGUUUUUAGCCAUCCUGAGGCUGUCACUCAAUUACCUCAUUGCCAGGGGCUGGCGGAUUCAGUGGAGUAUUGUGCCUGAAGUCUCCGAGGUGGCGGAGCCUCCCAAGGAAGACUUGACUGUAUCAGAAAAGUUUCAGCUCGUGCUGGACGUGGCCCAGAAGGCCCAGAAUCUGUUUGGGAAGAUGGCCGACAUCUUGGAGAAGAUUAAGAACUUGUUCAUGUGGGUCCAGCCAGAAAUCACCCAGAAGCUCUACAUCGCGCUGUGGGCAGUGUUCCUCGCCUCCUGCUUCUUCCCCUACAGGAUUGUGGGGCUCAUGAUGGGUCUUUACGCGGGUAUCAAGUUUUUCCUCAUCGACUUCAUCUUCAAACGCUGCCCCCGUCUCCGAGCCAAGUACGACACCCCCUACAUCAUCUGGACCAACCUGCCCACAGACCCCCAGCUCAAGGAGCGCUCGGCCGCUGCCGUGACCAGGAGGCUCCAGACCACGUCCUCCAGGAGCUACGUGGGCACCAGCACUCCAGCGGGCGUGAGCAGAGAUGAAGACACCGGGCGCUUCCACGGAACCAAAAAGGGAAAUUUCCAUGAAAUCUUUAACUUGACGGAAAAUGAGCGGCCCCUGCCAGUGUGUGAAAAUGGUUGGCGCUGCUGCCUGAUCAACAGGGACCGGAAGAUGCCGACAGACUACAUCCGGAACGGGGUGCUGUACGUGACGGAAAAUUAUCUAUGCUUCGAGAGCUCCAAGUCUGGCUCUUCCAAGAGGAACAAGGUCAUUAAGCUCAUGGACAUCACCGAUAUUCAGAAGUACAAAGUUCUCUCUGUCCUCCCCGGAUCGGGCAUGGGGAUCGCAGUAUCGACACCAUCCACACAGAAGCCCCUCGUGUUUGGUGCCAUGGUCCACAGGGAUGAAGCGUUCGAAACCAUCUUCAGCCAGUAUGUGAAGAUCACGUCAGCAGCGGCGUCCAGCAGCGACAGCUAGUAGUGACCCCUGGCCGCUGGGACCUUCUCUCUUUUCUAAAGACUCUGGCAGUGAAAACAAUCGGUCAUCUCACGCUCUCCUUUGCAAUAACGCUCCUGGUCUCGCGGAUUCUCUUCCAGGUCCUGAUCCUCCUUCCUCUAGGUCUCCAUGUUUCUCUGUGGCGUUUCCAUGAGAGGCAGUGAGGGCAUUGGCCACACCCUUGGACACUGAACACUCUCCAUGGUUACUCAUGAGAUGUGAAUGGGGCAGGGGGUCCCGGCGCCCUCUGGAUGAAUGGGGCAGGGGGUCCUGGCGCCCUCUGGAUGAAUGGGGCAGGGGGUCCUGGCACCCUCUGGAUGAAUGGGGCAGGGGGUCCUAGCGCCCUCUGGAUGAAUGGGGUGUGUAGUCUCGGUCACCACACGUGGUUCUGUCACGUCCUACUUGCACAGAGCAGCUGAAAGGCGGCGCUGGAGGCCUGAUGGCCCGGUCCUUCGUCCUCGGCACACCUCGGGGGCUGGUGCCUGUGUUGCUUAAAGCCCCCUUCCACCAGUUCAGGCCAUAGUCGUGGAAUACAGAUCAUCUUGGGUUCUCCGCUGAGGUUGAUGGAGGAGGAGAGUUGGGUCAAGGACGAGUCUGAAAUGCCACUUGACACGUCAUUGGCAAGAGACUGCUCCGUCUACUCCAUGGCACACAGGAGCAUUGCCUCCCUACAUACCUGAGGCUGCCUCCUCUUCCUGUGCUGGGAUGCCCUAAAGGGGCAUCUGGUGGAAGGUCCUGCAGGGGAUGUGGCCCCUGAAAAGCGCCCCUUUUUCUGGCGCCACGUUGCUUCCUCAUCCCCCUCCAGCUCCAUGUUGGCCUUCUCUUCGGUGCCUGUGCUGGGGAGCCCCGGGAAGCCUGGCUUGAGGACGGGGCCGAUGGAAUUUCCCCAAGUCCGAACUGGGAUUCAGGGGUCCCUCGGGAAUCAUCCCAGUGCCCCAGCCCACCUCUGUCAAUGCCCCAUCAGAAGAUGCCACGGAGGGACGGAUGGGCCUUCUGGGCUCCUUGGUUCCUAUGGCAACGCUUGGUAGUAUAGGGUAGUUAAAAUUAGUCUGAUGACAGCUUGAUCGCCAUGCUGAGAUGGCCGGGCCGGCUCCAAGACAGUGGAGCUCUUGGGGGACCCAUUGGCGCACCUGUCUUGUCAGUCAAGGCCCCCAGGGCACGCCCACUGUCUGAGUGCAGCGCGUUGAGCAGAGCCCUCUCACUUUGACAGUGUUCCUAGCUCAUGUUUGCAGUGUUUGACUAGUGUGUGAUUAGGCCCAGUGACUGAUGCCCGAUAGAGCUGGCGUCCCCUUGGCCUGCCCCCCACCUUGAGCUCUCUUCCUCAUACACAUUCAAGGGGAAAGGUGUUUGUCUGCACCAGACAUGAAAGUGGGGGUGGAGAGAAGGCCAGGACAACCUUUAGUGGGUGAAGACCUCGUCUGGCCACUGAGAAGCUUCCCUCGGUAGGAGCGGUCCUGGCUUGUUUGCUUUUUCUUCACCAGAACCCAAAGCCACUUGGAAUGCCUUAGAACACGAGGACGUGGGCCAGUCCUCUGCUCCCAGCGGGGAAGAGUGCCAAACGUCCUUUGGAAGUCACCUUCCUGCUGUUCCACGUGGAGGGCGUCGUGGGAAAUAGUGACAGACCCAGAAACACUGUUAGCGUCAUGUUCCGCCCUGCCUCUGGCCCGGACCCCAGCCUGUCCAGCUCGUCCUGCGUCCCCUGGAUGUUUGUGAGAGUCGUUUUUUGAAGAAACAGAUUCUAUUUUUUACAGAGAGCAAGCUGUUUUUUCUUAUUUUUGUAUCAUUUUCAGAUGGAAUUUUUAUCUUCGCUCUGAUCAUAAUUUGCUGGUUUGGAGAAGAAAUUGGGAAGCAGCCCUCCUUCCCCCCCUUUCCCAGCCCCUCUGGUCCUCUGUGGCAUCGCUGUCACCUCUGGGGGUUGGGAAAGUAGAAGAGCCAGAGUCUGGUUGGUUUCUGUGCCAAAAGCCGGUCCGUGGGGCAUGGCAUGGGCACGGGGCACCCCAGCUUCCCCAGGUGUGAUUGGCUGCCAGAUUAGGGUAGCAAGAGCUCGCUAAUUCAGAAUGGGGCUCGUCGGGUGCUGCCGGUCACCCAGCCCAACGAUGAGCCAGACAGAAAUGCCCGCGGUCACUAGUGACCGAUGACCUAAACUCACACACAAGAUCUGUCAGUACCAGAAGCUGGAUUUCUUCGUGGCCUCGCCACGUCCAGCAGUCUUUCCUCUGUGUUCCUCCCUGUACUUGGGGCUAAGAAUCCCAGCUCUGCUUCUCGCUGGCCUUAUGACCUGCAGUGAACCCCCUUCUUUCUCUCCAUGCUCUUCCAGGCUAAAUUUCUGACCCCUGGCCCUCAUCGCAGACGCAUCUGGAAGCCGAAGGACUAGGGAUGGUGGGUGGGCCGCAUGGCUGAGAUUCCGGCGUGUUACCUCCCCCAGAUCUCUUCCCACUGGCUUUGGCAGGGUAUUGUAGGAAAUAGGGGGUGACCUCGGGCCCAACAGCCAGAGAUAGACGAGACCAUUGGCCAUGGUAUGCGGGUCGUCGACCCUCAUAAUGCCCUCACCAGGUGGGGCUGCUGAGGCGUCCAGCAGAAUCGGAUUUAACUCCUUUGGGAGAAGCGGGUGGUUGAGUUGGAAUUCCUUCUAAGGAGCAAGGGAGAUGAAAACUGACCACGCUGAUGUCCAGCGGAUUGGCUUUGGCAUUCAAUGCCCAUGAAGCUGCCUCUUCUCUUCUCUUCCUGCGUUUCUGCCCUGCCAGGAGGGAAGCCAGCUGAUUCUGGAGGGCGACUUGUCCCUGCCGCACAGUCAGCCAGCACAAACUUCCUGUCCACGUCCAUGCAGACCAUGAGCAAAAGCAGGAGCUGUGGAUAGCUUCGGGCACGCGGAGGAGUGGAGCCUCGUCGCUGUCCCCGACCUGGGAGAAUUGGGGCAGGUGCCGCGUUUCUGUGGCAUGGCCCUGAGAGGGUUGGACGCGGCAAUUCUGAACCUGUAAAUAACCGUACCUGGAGUCACUUUUGUUCAACAAAGCAAUUGUAUAAAGAACUGAUGAAAACAAAAUUGCCCUGUGACAUUUUUUAAGAAAACCUUGUUUGUUUAAAGAAAAAGUCUUGUAUAAAUUAUAAUUUUUAUUUAAAUAAACCUAAAAUGCUUUGUGCUAAUAA